UGAUGCUGGUACCAGAAACCAAGAGUAAAAUUAUUCUGUGCACUGAAGAUGAGAAUUAUCACAAACACAUGGAAUAGCCAAAGAGAARUUCUCCCUGCUUGCUGUUUAAGGGAUUUGUUUUUAUUUUGUAGCUAAGUCCUCAACUGAUGUUUUCAGUCUUGUCUAUAUUUGUUUAAGAGUGCGUUAGCAGUAAAUCAAGGUGCAUUUCCCCUGUAGGGUUUCCUGUAUGUCAAAGCCAUGUUAAUUCUCUUUGAUUUUCUUCCCCUAGCCCCAGCCAUUGCUGCAGAUCCUUCCUCUCUUUGUCCCUUUGGACAUCAAAGGCUCGCAAGGGGACAGCCCUGGCGGGAAGCUCCUCCCUGCUCAUUAGCCUCCAUAAAACAGGAACUCACCUUGGCUAGCUGUGCUUGGAAUCCCAUCCUCAUCCCGCUCACUCUUGACACUGGAUCUCSGAAGGAAAGGCCUGUGCUUGCUCCAGGAAAUCAGACCUGCUUUUGAACUGGAAUAUUUUGGCUCCCUUGUAACAACUCUGGUGGCUCUCUUGGCUGAGCAAGCUCCUCAGUGUCACAGUACAUGGAAAAAUGCAAGCUUUACCAGAUGUGAAAGCGCCGUGUGAGGCCCUUCCUUCCCCCAGCCUGGAGCCCUUCCCRCAGAGCUCCAUCGUGGUCACCCUCGAGGAUAUGGCGCUCUGGAUGAAGUUUCACCAGAUAGGAACUGAGAUGAUCAUCACCAAAUCUGGCAGACGAAUGUUUCCACAAUGCAAAAUCAAAGUCUCUGGCUUAAUCCCAUAUGCCAAGUACCUCAUGCUGGUAGAUUUUGUGCCAAUGGACAACUUCAGGUACAAGUGGAAUAAAGAUCGGUGGGAAGUUGCUGGAAAAGCUGAGCCCCAGCUCCCUUGUCGCACCUAUGUCCACCCAGAUUCCCCAGCUCCUGGCAGCCACUGGAUGAAAGAACCUGUCUCCUUCCAAAAACUGAAGCUCACCAACAACACUCUGGAUCAACAUGGGCAUAUCAUCCUGCACUCCAUGCACCGGUACAAGCCGCGCUUCCACAUCGUGCAGGCAGACGACCUGUUCAGUGUCCGCUGGAGCAUCUUCCAGGUGUUCAGCUUCCCUGAGACUGUCUUCACYUCUGUCACUGCCUACCAGAACGAGCAGAUUACAAAGCUCAAGAUUGACAACAAUCCAUUUGCUAAAGGUUUCCGUGAACAUGGGAAGAACACUCGAAGGGAAGGACGAGCCAAAUGCCAGAAGCCCAGUCCAGCCAAGAGCCAGAAGAGGAAGCUGCCUGAGGAGAAGGAGCCCAGUGCUGAGGAACGUGAUUUUGAGAAGGAUGAGAAUGUGGAUGUGAAGGAAGAGAGUAACCCUGUGGUGGUCAGCAGUGGAUAUCCCUUCUGGACCUCGGAGCAGAACAGCAGCCAGGCCUUCCCUGCRGCCUCACCGGUGCCUGCUGACCAGAGGGAGGGUCUGGCCAGGGAGCAGCAAGUGCCAACGCCAUCCUACCAGACAUAUCGGUUCCAUGAAGCUGGGGACAGCCAGCAGCUUCCCACCCGCGAUGCCACGACCUUGAGCGAUUUCCGGGCAAGGUGCCACGCCUUGGAUCUUGCCAUGGUGCCCGAGCACGACUCCAAACAGCUCCCAGAGGGCUUCACCAACCUGCCCCCACUGCCCCCGCCUCUGCCUCCCCCCCAGGACUACACAGGAGUGGUGAACAUGGCUCUGGACUCUGUGGGGAAAGCUGGAGCCCGGGCACCCAUGUACAGUCCCUAUGGCACCGAGCAGGGCCUCGGGCAGUGGGUGGUGCCUUCCCACAGCCAGUACAGGGCAAUGAGCUACUCGGCCUUCUCCACGGAGUACAACACACAGGGAACACCAGGACAUGCCCACGGCACCAUGGCAGAGUGGAGCCAGUACCCUCUGUUCCCCUAUGCCUGCUGGUGAACGGGGAGGACCCUUCCCAGUGAAAAGACUGAAAGAAAAUUGUAAAUGAGAUUGAAUUUGCUCUGGGGUGUUGGACUUUGGAAGUYUUGCCUACACUAGGCAGAGGUAUUGCUGCAAGCAGUACCGUGGGACACUUCACUUCCUUGUCUCCUUGCACAACAACCCUCACCAUAUUUCACAAGCAGUGGCUAAACUGGUGGCUGCCCCAGCCAUGUCGCUGUGGGUCUGGCUCAUUGUAUUCUGUAGUGGUUUAUUUCCCAGCAGGAGUUGGAAACCACAGAUCUGCAAGAACAGUAUUUAAAGAGCUGUUAAACUCACAGUCACAGUGUUGGCACCUAGCAUUUGGCAGUUUCCAACAUCCCUUCCUCCUGGGACUUGGUGCAAGGAGAUAGGGGCUGGGGAUUUUCAGUAAGUCAUCCACAUGGUCAAAAACUGUAGAAAAUAAUACAAAGAUGAGCAAAGCAAGUAAUCCUGRUGACCUUUCAGCAGCUUCCUAAGUUAGUAUAGUCAAACUAAAGCUAGAGUCUUGCCUUUCUUCCAGCAGAAGACAAGAGUAAAAUGCAAGCAAGGCGUGUCUGGAGCACAGCAGUGGGUCGUGCAGGCAGGGAAGGGUUUGUUCCAUGCAGGAGAAGCAGCAGCAAGGCUGUGUGUGGUGUCUGCCUGUCCCUGUGCCCAUCUCUCCUCUGUCGGCCRUAGAUUCGAGGUUAGUGAAACGCUCUUUGUUCUCUGGAGGUGGAGGGAGGUUGUCCAUGGAAUGCAAGGGGCUCCUCUGGGGCUUYCCAAGGUUGUCAGAAGCAGGGCCAUGAACAGCAGUGCUGCUGCAUUACUCCAGCCUCUUCCUUUAGAGGGAAAGGAAAUUUUCCACUGUGAACUUACUCCUUCUCCUGUUCUCUGCCACCCCUGGAGAAUAUAAUUUAUAGUCGUGGUUCCUGCGCUACUCUGACUGUGUGAAACUCACUGCUUUUAGGGAGUCUGUAGGGAUCUGUCCAUGUUUAGUUAUCAGAGAGAUUCCAUGCCCCCCUCUCUGGUCCUGUGCUGGGCAGGAGCAGCCUCUCACUGCCAUGCAAGCCAGGAUUCUUUCCAUCUUCAUGUUAGAACGGGGACGCCUCCUUGUUUGCCCAAGUGCAAGUGGCCCUGGCAUUGGGGACUUGUGUGAGACAGGCUCUUUGCUUCUCAGGGAGGAUAGACAUGUUCCUAGGUGUUAUUUAGGGAAUGUUUCCUUGUCACACUAAUAGCUGCUGUGGGGUCUGCAGCCAUCAGUAGGCAGUGAGGUGUGUCAUUUAGCCUGUGUGCCAGAUGGUUUUCUCUGUGUGCACACACGUGUGUGUGUAGCAAGAUGUUGUCUGUGAGCAGACCUGGGUAGACUUGUGCCCAGUGCCUCCGGACCCCUGUGCAGGGACACUGGGAAAGGCCAUGUCUGUUAUUGUUAAAAUUACUGUGAAAAGUAGCYCUGUAAAUUUGUGGACUCAACUGCAAUGACUGUUUCCUUAUUUAAAUUGUAUGUUGCUAACUGCUUUUGUACCACAAUUAUGAUAUGUACAGAGCAGCUGAGUACUUCCCCUGGGCUUUCCAGGAUUUGAGGAUGUGCAGCGUUGAAAUAAAGGUCAGACUUUGCCAUAGAACAUGUACGUAAUGCCCUGUGAGCCUCCCCUCUGAUGGCACCCUGGCCAGUAGUGAUUUGUACCUGCUGUGCAUGACACAUCUGGAUGUGAGCAACUCACUUAAAAAGAAAUCUGGCUGGGGAAAAAAAAAAAAAGUGGAGCAGUUUUUUUUUAACACCAGAAUAUUGUGGUUUCCUGCUGUUCAAAUGCCAGCUGCAUGAAGGCAGGUCAGCUGUAAAAGGCUGUCUCUGACCAUUAGUUGUUAAUUUUGCCACCACUGUCUUUCACGUUUAGGAAAUGAGGUGAGCAGAAUGGGUAGAGAGUUGAGUGAGUGCCUUGAGCCCCACGUGCAGGGACCUGAGGGGGUACUUUGUGCACAACACGGGGAUCGCUGCCAGCAGCAUACCCCCAGGAGAGGGAAUACAUCCCCCACAGGCUACCUGCUUAGAUCUGUUUCUUUAUCUUUGUAGCUGGKAUGUGUUUCCCUGUGACAGAGUGCUAAUGAGGAUGAAAUGCUGUGGUAUGAGUAACUGAGGAGAACUGGGCAGCACUGGGGAACGCCUGUGAAAAUACCAGUGCAAUGCGCUUUUUUCCAGACCUUUGCAGUAGCAGUGCAGGUGCUGCUGCCCCCUGGGCCUGUCGGUAGAGCUARUUUGGCAGACAGCUCUGCACUGGGGUAAAAGACAGCUUUGUGCCUAGGACGAGCCAUUAAUUACUCAUCAGCCUUCUGUUGCAACAGGGCUGCUUGCCCUUCUUCACUGAAUCAUCCAGCUUGCUAGAGAAGUACCUUUCUGCUCGCUGUCUCUGGUUAGAAACUGCGCUCGGCUGGUUUGGGAAGCCUUUGGAGAUUUUGCCUGUAGGUGUGCUCUGGACUCUGCUCCCACCCCCUCCCUUUGCAGUUCCCACUGGCUUGUUUUCUUCAGCUAUGGCAUUUAGGAGUCUGUGUGAGCUCGACUGAAACGCUGGUUUUGCACGCAUGUGAGAUAAUGUAAUGCCUCUGACGGCUUCAAUAAAAGGAAAUGAGACGUGGGGAAGGCAGGCCAUUAAGACUAAUAAAAUAAACUCAAAAUGUAGGUUUUGUGCUUCUUUCUCAAGCACAACGUGCUCUGCUUUAGUCAUGUUACCUGGGGCCAGUUUGUACAUGCAUGACACGCUGUUGAUCUCAGCAUUCAUUGUUCUCCACAGCAUGUUCAGUGAGCCUCAGGUUAUCUGCUCACACUGCUAGAUGUGACUCAGGCUCUUGCACCAAUUCCUUGCAGCAAAUUGUUUAUUUUCUCUGUGUUUUCUGCUCUUCUCCUGCAGAGGAGUUACGUAAGGAGGAGGACAAAUGGAGUAUAAAUGGGA